UAUUUGAUUCUACAACCAGUAGGUCUUCGACUCUGUGUCUUCUCCAUGCCUUUUUAUGAUUUUAUCUACGUCCCGAACCCAGAAAAAACCCCCACCAUACCAGCACCAUCUAUGGCGAUCGAAUCCUACUCCAUUCGUCGGGAAAACGUUUGGUUCGAAGAUUCACGGCGACUGCCACAUCUCCCGCUCGAAACCAUCGGGGAAAUACUCUCCAGAGUUCCCGUCAAGCCUCUACUGCGAUUCAGGUGCGUUUCCAAAUCAUGGCGCUCUUUGAUUUCCGAUCCGAAAUUCGCGAGAGCCCAUCUUAAUGUAGCAUCUGCCAGCACUGAUUAUACCCACCACAGACUGCUCCUAACUAGUGGUUUUCUGAAUCCAAGAAUCAAGUCCUGUUCCGUUAGUUCUAUUAUGCAUGAGCAGUCUGAUACUACUGCUGUUGACCUCGACUAUCCUUUCGAAAAACCUCGCGAAAGAGUUUGGAUUGAGUUUAACGGUUCCGGUAACGGGUUGAUGUACAUCACUGUUCCAGAUUAUAUGAUGUAUCUAUGGAACCCGGCCACUAGGAAAUCCACGAAACUGCCCGAUAUUAAAAUGCCAAAUAUUCUCUUCAUCAAUACAUGCGGUAUCGGUUACGACAACUGUACUGACGAUUACAAGGUGGUGGUCUUCCUUGGUGUCGAUGUCGAUAUGUUUAUUCAGGAAAGAGUGGAGGUGUAUACGUUGAGGACUCAUUCUUGGAGGAGGAUUGGAGACUGUCCUCAUUCUCUUGACACGACUGAUUCGGGGAAAUUUGUGAGUGGGGCACUCCAUUUGUGAGUGGGGCACUCCAUUGGCCUUCGCUUGAUUCUUAUUGGAAUAUUAUUGUUUCUCUUGAUUUGGCAAAGGAGACAUAUGGGGAGGUUUUGCAACCUGAUUAUGAUAGAGACUAUUGUUUGGUCUCCACAGUAGGUGUUUUAAGUGGAUGCCUAUGUGUGUUGCGUCAAUAUAAUGAUUGUGCUGAUGUAUGGGUGAUGAAGGACUAUGGUAUCAGAGAGUCUUGGACCAAGUUGAUUGCGAUACCUUAUUUAACUCCAACAGAUGAUGCCUAUUCCGUACCUUUGUGUAUUUUGAAGAACAAUGAAGUUUUAGUGGGUACUGGGAUGCAUUUAGUGAGGUACUGUCCAAAAGAUGCCAAAUUUAGUAAUCCUAAGAUUCAAAAUUGUUUUGCAUCUUUUAGUGCAUAUCCCUACGUUGAGAGCCUUGUCUCGCCCAACUCUAACGAUGGGAUUCAGCAGCAACAACAGUAUUGAAGGAAGUAAAGGUGUGGGCUGAUCAUCGAACCAACUCAACAUGGAGGAUGCAAGACAAUUGAAGCCUUUACUCGCAAACAGUUCCUCGAGAUCAUCCAAAGAGCUGCUGUUUGGCAACCCAACCCAACGGUAUCGUUUCUGUUUAAUCCAUUGUUGACCGCAAUCGCCUGCAGCACAAGCUCUUCAUCCACUUUCCAGGAUGGAGAGGCUUCCCGGCCUAUGGUACCUAUUGUCUCAUUUGGGAUUGGCAAUGUUUGUUGUGAUGAAUAUGACAUUAGAUACUUCGUUUCGGUUAGAAGAGGCUCAAGUCCUUGACAUUGUGUUGUUUCGGCCUUAUAUGGAAGAAGUAUAGAAAACUCUUAAUUGAUAAAUAAAUAAAUAAACAAUCAACAUUUAAACUA